AUGGCGCCAACCAGAGGGAUCAAGCGGAAAAGGUCAUCGCCCUUCACGGACGCGGUUGAGUUCCAAAGCGAGGCCACUGAUGAGAAUCGCCCCCGCCUGCAUUUCGAUAUCUGGUACAAAAUCUGCUACCUGUUGCGUGACGAUGAUAGACGGCAUCUUUACAAUCUCUGUCUGGUAUCGAAAGACUUGAACUGGAUCGCCACGCCUCCGCUCUAUCACUCCAUCGUUCUUGGUCCUGCUAUCGACAGGGUCAGAGAGAGGUAUUAUCCGGCCAACUUGCCUGCCCCGGCAGUGCAGCAGCCUGUGGUCGAAGGUCAAGUUGUGGUCGUUGGUCUACCUGGCCAGCAGGCUGAGUUCCUUGGGCCUGCGACUAUAGGGCAGCCUCUCGCUUUUCAAAAUCCUGAAAACCUGAUGCGCGAUGGGCUUCCUUCACCCGGACUUAAAUCUCUUCUUUCUCGCUUCCGAAACGACCGCACGGGAUAUCUACGAUCUAUGGUUCAUAUGUUGACCAUACUUAACUUUGAUAGAUGGAACCAGCUCGACCAGGCUAUCACGAAGUUUGUCUAUUUCGGGUUCCUGGGGCACUUCAUAUCUCGUCUGCCGAAUCUUUCUCUCGUGAGGAUGUUUUGCCACAUUCCUUCCACCAGGGACAAGCUGCCUUUGUUCAUUCAAUUCUCUUUUCUUGACAAGGAACCUAGGGUAUCGUUCACCGGAAGCCUCCGUAGCCACCCUAUGAAACCUGAACUCCAGCUGCUCGGAGAGGGUGAGGAGGGCAAAUGGUCCGGCCCGGCUCUACCGUGCAUAACAGCUAUGCACGUGAAGCUCGACCGCUACUAUUUUCGGCGAUUCUACAACAACCUCCGGCUCUGUCGUCAACCAUUCCAUCGUCUUGUCUUCGCCAGUCCCAACCUCCGGGCGCUUUCCAUCGAAGGUCCAUGGCCCGAUAGAGAUGCUGCGACGUUCGACUUCGACCUUUUUGCCCCGAGGGCGCACGUCAAUUUCCCGCCAAUCGAGGAACUUUCCAUCAACGGUUACUACAUAGUUGACUAUGAGUGGGCGAUGUGGGGGAAUCGGUUUCCUUGGAUGAAUCUUCUGUCUCUUUCCGUGGGUCCGAGACCUGUGCCCGGCUUCCUUUCCCUCAUUGCCAAUCGUGCACUGUUCCUGAAGCACUUCAAGAUGGAAGCGUUCGCGGAUCAUCAGAGCUCCGACUGCCUGUGCAAAUUCAUUUUGUCUUUCAACACAUUGGAGACAAUUGAGCUUGUGAAUGUCCCGUGCUCAAUCACGAUCAUUGGAAUGCACCAUGGGCUGGUGAAGUUGUGUCUCCAUCAUGAUGAGCCGUGGCCUGACGAGAGGGCCCGUCAGGUGGUCUCCGCUCAAGACCUUGAGCGCCUGGAUAAACUUUGUCCGCUCCUGGAGAUCCUGGAGUUGGAUAUGGAGCGUCAGGACGGUGCUUGGCCACGUGAGGUUCUGAGCGUUCUUGCAAUGGGCUUCAAAAAUAUCCGCGAUCUAAGUCUUCAUUUUGACAUGGGUGUUGCCAACCUGAAGGAAAUUCUGCUCCCUGUCCUGAACUACGAGUCCGCUCAAGCCAUCGCGACUGUGUUCUAUCUUGAUCGAUGGGCUGCAUUCGACAUUGGGCAGCCGAGACAAUCAACCUUCCCCACCAAGUUGAAAAAGCUCAUUCUAUGGACCGGGUAUACGAUCCGUGACAAGACGGAAUGGAGCCCAAGACGUGCACAGUUCGAAGCCAAACACUCAGCAGUCUUCAUGGCUUUCCCUCCCCGAACCUUAGGAAGCAACCCUGACUUCAACCAUUUGCAACGCUGGCAACUCGAAGCCAUCCAAGGCCCAGCUGCAAAGAAAACGAAGGAGUACAAGGAUCUCAAGAGACGUGUUGAUGCUGCCGUUAUGGGACCUAAGCCGUGGAUAAACUCGGCCUCGGGGGACGAGCAAUCAUCUUGUCUAGGAAGUGGUGAUACCAGUCGAGAAGCGACGGCAGAUGCCACCGAAGAUGCCACCGGAGACGAGAGAAGCGAUGGCUAG